AUAAAAACGAGAAAAGAAAAGUUGACAAAAAGAAACUAAAAUGUGCAGCUGAUGGAAAUAACCUACCACUUUUAAUCUGGUGUGUGGGAAAAAUCGAUCCACAAAUUGUUUGCAAAGAAAUGAAAAUGUUGGCUUAACGAGUUACUUUUGCAACAACAACAAACAAAUUAACUGUGAUAUAAUUUUGCAGUACAAAUUAGUUACAAACUUAGCUUAGCCAUCAAUCGACGACACCAACCAAUCUAUACACUUAUUUUAAAGUGCAAUAUUAAGAUUUUCAUCAAGAUUCUCAAGUAACAAAUACAUCUCAACAUUCCUGCGCAACAUAAAACAACAAAAUGGCUGUAAUAAUGUACUAGGCCAGCCCUCACAAUGUCUGUCCCUGUGCGCUACUCUGCUGCCGCCGAAUACGCCGUCGUUGAUAGUGGUUUGGAAAAUACUCUAAUCCAAGAAGAGCAAUACCACGAACAACAACAGCAACAGCUUCAGCUACAGCUACAGCUACAGCAACAACAGCAGCAAUACGAGCAGUAUCAGCAAUACGACGAUUAUCAAGCUGAGGAGGAGGAGCAAGCUUUGAUAUAUUGCCAAUUGCAACAGCAGCUGGAGGCGGAGGCUCAGGCGGUGCGGCAGCAGCAGCAGCAGUUGAUGCAGCAGCGGUCAUCAAUGUUCAUGUCGUCGUCGUCGGCAAUGCCAGCAUUCGAUUUGCCCCCCAAUCACCACAUCACCAACAACAUCAUCAACAACAAUCACCACAACAUCAACAGCGUCGCUAAUAACAACAUGGAUGCUAUUAGCAUCAAUGCUAUACUGGUCGAUGAUGAGCAACCCUCAACAUCGGCUCAGGCAGCAGCUAAUUUGGUGGGCGGCAAAUCGGGCAAUGGCAGAGGAGACGGCAACGGCGCAGAGAUGCCAACUGAUUGGAUGAGGAUUGCGAACGAGGGCCGGUAUGGGACACCGGGUGCUGCUGGCUUGGAAUAUCAGAAGUACGAACAACAACAGCAACAACAACAAACACAACUGGAAGAAGAUGCUGGAGCAGGUGCAGGUGCAGGUGCAGGCGCUGCAGCAACAGCUGAGCCGUCAGCGCUCAAGAAACUGGAGGAUCAGCUGCAUGCAUUGAGCUCCGAUGAGCUAUACGAGACGCUCAAGGAGUACGAUGCCUUGCAGGACAAGUAUCACACUGUGCUGCUAUUGCCCAAGGAGUCGAGACGUGAGGUAACUGCUGGUGGUCGCGAUGGCUCGGCUUAUGUGCUGCGCUGCCUUAAGAUGUGGUACGAGCUGCCCUCCGAUGUGCUGUUCUCCGCUAUGAGUCUGGUGGAUCGCUUUCUGGAUCGCAUGGCCGUCAAGCCAAAGCAUAUGGCUUGCAUGAGUGUUGCCAGCUUCCAUUUGGCCAUCAAGCAGCUGGAGUUGAAGCCCAUACCUGCCGAAGAUCUGGUUACAAUAUCUCAGUGUGGUUGUACCGCUGGCGAUCUGGAACGUAUGGCCGGCGUUAUUGCCAACAAACUGGGCGUACAAAUGGGACAUGCGCCUAUUACAUCAGUGAGCUACCUGCGCAUCUAUUACGCUCUCUUCCGCAAUCUGGCGAAGGAGAUUGGCGGUGAUUUCUUCAAGUUCUAUCAGCAGUUGAUUAAACUCGAAGAGCUUGAGAAUCGCCUGGAGAUUUUGUUGUGCGAUGUCAAGACCACGGUCAUAACUCCAUCAACAUUGGCUCUAGUGCUGAUUUGCCUGCAUCUGGAUUUCCACAUCAAGGAGUCCUACACACGCGGCAGUCCCGAACUCAAGCAUGUCUUCGAGUAUAUACUCUUCCUGCAGCAGUACAUGAGGAUUCCCGAUCGCGUUUUCACCUGCGGUUUUAGCAUUGUUUCGGGCAUUCUGUCCCAUUACAAUGGUCAGAACAAGGCGCCCUACAAGCAGCGGCUAGUCUGGAAAUUAUCCAGUCGCACGCUGCGCGUUCUGCGCCCGAUCAAUCGCUUCUCUUCAGAUCUGCCUACCAUUGAGGAAGGCAUAUCGAAUGCCCUCGACGAUGGCCUGCGUUCAAGAACCGAGAGUAUAAGCUCCGAGGAGGAAGAGGAUUGGCCAACUUCACCCAUUAUUCCAAUUUUCGAACAAUGUUAGUACCCAGCAGCAAGUGAGCUGCAACCAAGCAAAGCAGCCCCCGGCAACAUCAAAACAACAAAGGGACGGGCAACGGUUAAAGCAGACAGGAGUCGGCCAUUUACACGCACACUCAUGCACACUAAAUCUACAAACUACACGCAAAAGGACAAACAUACAUAUCCUGCACUCGAUAUCGACUUGAUAUGGACUUCAAGCAACGCAACAACAAAAUGAAUGGAGUAACUUCGUAUAGUCGCCAUGCAUCGGGUGUAUAUAUAUUUCAUAUAUGCUGUAUGUGUUUGUGUGUGUGCGUAGGUAAUGGUUGAUGGCAGGAUGCGUGUGUAUAUUUUGCUAAAAUGCAUCAUAAUUGAUUUAGCUAUAUAUAUAUAUAUUAUUUACGCUGGUUCUACCAUUUAAGAAUCUAUGAAAAAUGCGAGGUCAGCCAGAGAGAUUCGUUUCAGCAAACGACAGGCAAACAUAUUUUUCUCGAUUUAAUUGCGGCAAGACACAUUUACGUUAAAAAAAAAAAACAAAGAAAUGUAAAAAAAAAACUAAAAAAAAAAACAUAAUUAAUGCUGCGGACCAUCAUACAAAAGAUUGAUGUCGCUCCGGAACAUUUUUUGAAUUCUGUAUGACAGAAAACGAUUUGAUUAAAUACCCAAUACCGGAUAGGGCAGAAAUUUUUUGUUUGUUCCGCUCGAAAAAAAAUUUAAAAUCAAAAGCCGAUAUAAAAAUCUACUAUCCACAAAUUCUAAUUAGUAUACAGACAUAAAAUUUAUGUGUUUCAUGUUUGUUUUCGUAAAAUCUGUAAAACUCAGAAACAUUAGCAAGAAAAACA